UAGAAAUUUGAUGUGUUAAAAAAAGUAGUUUUUAAAAUUAUUUUAAUAAAUAAAAGGGAAUCAAUGUCUCAUUAUUUAUAAUCUUAAUUGUUAUAAACGAAAUUAAAUCAGGAAGUAUGCCUUUGCUAGCAGAAUCUCGACGAAAACAAAAAGUGUCUCUUAACCCACGAGGGAAAUGGUGGACCGAAGAUACAAACAAAUUUGGGCAGAAAAUGUUGGAGAAAAUGGGGUGGACGAAAGGAAAAGGACUCGGUGCUAACGAGCAAGGCAUUGCAGAAUAUUCCAUCAAGAGUAUGCAAAAGACUCGUACAGCUGGUAUCGGUUAUGACGAAAAUCUUGAAAAAUGGACUGAACAUCAUGACAAAUUUAGUGGAAUCUUAAAGCACCUUCAAGAAAAUCAAGACAUUGUUCAAAAAAUACAGAAUAAAGAUGAUUCUAAUAAACAGUCAAUAGAACUAAAAUCUAAAGAAAGUCGUGCUCGCGUGCAUUAUCACAAAUUUACACGGUCUAAGGAUAUAAAUAAAUAUAAGUUGAAAGAUUUGGCAAAUAUAUUUGGUAGAGAAGAAUUAUCUAGCAAAAUUCAAACCAAGAUAGAAGAAGAGAAGAAUAAUCAUGAGGAAGAAGUUACUGAAACCAGAGAUAAUUGGCAUGGAGUUGUCACAAUUAAUGGUGGCAAUAUGGCUGAAUAUUUUAAACUCAAGUCAAACUAUAAAAAUGUGACUAAUCACUUCAAGGGUAAAUCAAACAACUUAUCAAGCAAUGUAACCGAUAAUCAAGCAAUUGACUCCAAAAGUGAGAAUGAGCAGCACGUUGGUUUUGGAUUUGUAUCAAAUACAGAGAACACAUUAUCAUCCAAUUAUGAAAUAUCAAAAGAUUCUAGCGAGAAGAGCAAUUAUGCUUUUGAUAAUCCUUGCUUAAGAUUGAAUAGUACUAUGGAAACUAUCAACACUGAUAGUUCUUCUAAAAAAUCUUUGAAGAAGAAGAAGAAGAAGCUUGAAACUGAUAAUUUGUAUACUGAUGAAAUAAAUAAACACGAUACCAGAGAGAAAUUGGAAACUGAAACUAUUGAUAAUUGUAGUGAUUUUUCAUCCAAUCAUGGAAUAUCAAAGGAUUCCAGCGAGAAGAACAGUAGUUUUGAUAAUCCUUGCUUAAAAUUGAAUAAUUCUGUGGAAACUACUAAUACUGAUGGUUCUUCUAAAAAGUCUUCAAAGAAGAGGAAGAAGGAACUUGAAACUGAUAAUUCGAAUAUUGAUGAAAUAAAUAAACACGAUACCAGAAAGAAAUUGAAAGCUGAAACUAUUGAUAGUAAUUGUGGGUUUUCAUCCAAUUAUGAAAAAUCAAAAGAUUCCAGCGAGGAGAACAGUGGUUUUGAUAAUCCUUGCUUAAAAUUGAAUAAUUCUGUGGAAACUACUAGCACUGAUGGUUCUUCUAAAAAGUCUUCAAAGAAGAGGAAGAAGGAACUUGAAACUGAUAAUUCGUAUACUGAUGAAAUAAAUAAACACGAUACCAGAAAGAAAUUGAAAACUGAAACUAUUGAUAGUAAUUGUAGUGGUUUUUCAUUCAAUUAUGAAAUAUCUAAAGAUUCCAGCGACAAGAGCAAUGUUUUUGACAAUCCUUGCUUAAAAUUGAAUAAUCCUAUGGAAAUUACUAGCACUUAUGAUUCUUCUGAAAAGUCUUCAAAGAAAAAGAAGAAGAAGAAGAAAGAACUUGAAACUAAUAAUUUGUCUACUGAUGAAAUAAAUGAACAUGAUACCAGCAAGAAAUUGGAAACUGAAAUUAUUGAUAGUAAUUGUAAUGAUUUUUCAUCCAAUUGUGGAAUAUCAAAAGAUUCCAGUGAGAAAAGCAAUUAUGCUUUUGAUAAUCCUUGCUUAAAAUUGAAUAGUCCUACGGAACCCACUAGCUCUGAUGGUUCUUUUAAGAAGUCUUCAAAGAAGAAGAAGAAAAAGGAACUUGAAACUAAUAAUUUGUCUACUGAUGAAAUAAAUGAACGUGAUACCAGAAAGAAAUUGGAAACCGAAACUAUUGAUAGUAAUUGUAAUGAUUUUUCAUCCAAUUGUGGAAUAUCAAAAGAUUCCAGCGAGAAGAGCAAUUAUGCUUUUGAUAAUCCUUGCUUAAAAUUGAAUAGUCCUAUGGAAAUUACUAGCACUUAUGAUUCUUCUGAGAAGUCUUCAAAGAAGAAGAAGAAGAAGAAAAAAGAAUUUGAAACUAAUAAUUUGUCUACUGAUGAAAUAAAUGAACAUGAUACCAGAAAGAAAUUGGAAACUGAAACUAUUGAUAGUAAUUGUAAUGAUUUUUCAUCCAAUUGUGGAAUAUCAAAAAAUUUGAGUGAGAAGAGCAAUUAUGCUUUUGAUAAUCCUUGUUUAAGAUUGAAUAGUCCUACGGAAACUACUAGCACUGAUGAUUCUUCUAAAAAGUCUUCAAAGAAGAAGAAGAAGAAGGAUCUUAAAACUAAUAAUUUGUCUACCGAUGAAAUAAAUGAACAUGAUACCAGAAAGAAAUUGGAAACUGAAACUAUUGAUAGUAAUUGUAGUGGUUUUUCAUCCAAUUAUGAAAUAUCAAAAGAUUCCAGCGAGAAGAGCAAUCAUGCUUUUGACAAUCCAUGCUUAAGAUUGAAUAGUCCUACGGAAACUACUACUGGUGGUUCUUCUAAAAAGUCUGCAAAGAAGAAGAGGAAGAAGACUCUUGAAACUGAUAAUUUGUAUACUGAUGAAAUAAAUAAACACGAUACCAGAAAGAAAUUGGAAACUGAAACUAUUGAUAGUAAUUGUAAUGGUUUUACAAAUCCAGCUCUCGAUUUGAAACCAGAUCCUAAAGAAGAUUGCAACGGUAAAGAAUUUGAAAUAUCAAGAGCACAGUUUGGUUUGGAGAAUUGUGGUUUAGAUCUGACAGAUGAAAAGUGUGAUAAGAAACGCGUAACAUUUAAUGAUCGUAUCAUGUUGUAUGAAUUCGACGAAAAUUCCAUCAGGAAAAAGAAAGGGAAACACACAUUGGAUAAAUUUGAAGUUGAAAAUAAAAAACAUAAAAAGAAACAGAAAAAAUGUGAGAGUAUUACAAGUUCUGUAUGCCAAGAAGAUACUGAAAAGUUAGCAAAGAAAGAUAAAAAGCACAAGAAAUCAAAAAAUAAGAAUGCAUUCAACGACGAAAAUAAUCCUAAUUCUAAUAUAGAAAUUACUGUAAAUAAUAUUCAACAGGGAAGAGUAGAAAAUGUAAAGCUUACUGAUAUAUUUCCAGAAUCUUAUAAAGUGAUCAGUGUCAGUAAUGAGUCAGUGGGCACAACCCAUAGUUCAUCGAAUACAAAAGUAAGAAUGUCUAAAAAGAUGUUGAUAACACUUUUUCAUAAAAAUGCAAUAUCAGAUUUUCCUGGUUCUAAUAUUUUUGAGAUUAAAGGAUACGGCACAGAUGUUGAAUAUUAAUUAAUAUACAAUGAUUUUAUAAAAUAAAGUAUUUACAAUAACAGACAGUAGAUCUCUUUACGAAUUUUUUCAUCUGACACAUGUAUAAUAUACAUGUAAAUGUACACAUUUUUAUGUCAACAAGCCUGUCAUAUUGCAUAUUAUUCAACUAUUAUAUUUAAUAUAGUGUGAAUUUAUUUAUAUAUUAAUUUAUUACAUAAGAGACAAUUGUAUACGUGAUCAAGGUAUAUUAUUUAAUAUAUCAAAAGCGCCAUAGAAGCUACAUAACUAUAAAAUAAAUCUGUUUUUUAGGCACAUGUUUGUUCAAUGAUGAUUUUUAAUAAAGAUAUUUUUCACAUCUAAAAAAUUAAAGUUUUUAUUUUAGACUAGUAGGAUUAUUAUAUUCCUUGUAUUCCUUAUAUUUUGUGUUUCUUAUUAGUAUAUUUAAAUCUUUUAAAAGAUACAUUCAUAAUAUAAAAAAUUUAUGUAAAAAAGCAUUAAUAGAUG